GCAGAAUUCUUGGCUGAUAAAGAGGAUACUUCUUGUUACCCUGUGCGAGUAGCUGCUGCAGGAGCAAUUGCUGGGCUCCUUGAAAAUGAGUAUCUUCCACCUGAGUGGUUACCUCUUCUUCAAGUUGUAAUUAGUAGCAUUGGUAAUGAAGAUGAAGAAAACAUCAUUCUGUUUCAGCUUCUCAAUUCUAUUGUAGAGGCUGGAAACGAGAACACAGCAAUUCAUAUUCCUCAUAUUAUUUCAUCAUUGGUUGAUGUGAUCUCAAAGUCCAUACAUCCUAUCCUGGAGCCAUGGCCUCAUGUGGUUGUACGGGGCUUUGAAGCAUUAGCAGUGAUGGCUCAAUCUUGGGAAAACUUCAUGGACGAAGAGGUUGAACAGAAUGACUCAAGUGAAAAGAAGGCAUCUGGUCAGGCUGCCAUUGGUAGAGCUUUAUCAGCUCUCUUGCAACAGGCUUGGCUCACGGCACCACUGGAAGCCGAGGCAUCACCCCCUCCAUCAUGUGUAGAUCAUUCAUCAACAUUGCUUCGAUCCAUUAUACUCUCUGUUACCGGACGCAAUGUAAUCAAAGAGCUUAAACUAUCAGAAUUACUACUAGUUUGGGCCGACUUGAUUUCAGAUUGGCAUGCAUGGGAAGAAUCAGAAGAUAUGUCUGUCUUUGAUUGCAUCAAGGAAGUAGUUAAUUUGCACAGUAAAUAUGGAGUGGAGAAUUUCAUUGUUAGACAGACCCCGCCUGCUCCUGCUCCACCUCUGCCGCAGAGAUCCAUUAUUGAAGCAAUAAGUGCAUUUGUCAGUGAGGUCAUUUUACAAUACCCGUCUGCAACGUGGAGAGCUUGCUCCUGUGUUCACAUACUAUUACAUGUCCCAACUUAUUCAGGUGAAACAGAAGGUGUGCGGCUAUCAUUGGCAGCUGUCUUCUGUCGGGCAGCAUUUUCUUGUUUCAAAGGAGUAAGAAGCAAGCCUUCUUCGUCAUGGAAGCCUCACUUGCUUGCUAUUGCAUCAUGCUAUUUAUGUCAUCCUGAAGCAGUGGAGGCAGUACUGGAGAAGGAGGGCGAUGGAGGCUUUGUGGCCUGGGCGUCUGCACUGGCUUUUGCUUGCACUCAUUCUUCUGAAGUCGGCCUGUCUGCAAAGUCAGAGAUAAAGUUGACGGUGAUGACACUGGUAAAGAUGAUUGAAAGGUUGUUGGGAGUAGGCAAUCCAAGUGGUGACUUAUUGAGAGAUUGCUUUACUUCGCUGAUUGAGACAUCUAUACAACUGAAAGAGCUGGAUGAAGAAAUGGAAGAUGAGGAAAAUGGUGAAGAAUAUGAUAAUAACGAGGAGGACAAUGACGAAAUCGAAAUUGAUGAUGAGGAAUCUGAGAGUGAACUUGAAGAAACUGAAGAACAGUUUCUGGAAAGGUAUGCGCAAGCAGCUUCGGCCUUGGAGGAUGGUAUCGUUGAAGAAGGGGAUGCAGAAGAUCAAGAACUUGAGAUCGAAUUAGGUAAUUUGGAAGAAGUAGACGAAGAGAAAAUGGUGGUAUCACUGAUAGGAAGAUACCACCAGGUUCUUAUCAAAAGACAAGCUUUAUCUUCUCAGCUUGUGUCAAGUUUCACUAAUGCGUACCCCGAUUGUAGUCCCUUCUCCCACCAAUACAUGUAGCUUUCUUUUACUUUAUAUCACAUGAUAUAUGGGGUGUGGUUUUGUAUUUUUUUAAUCAUUAAUUUUGUUAUUUUGGGCGUUCAAAAGUUUGAUUUGUG